GAGAGCGAGAGAGAGGGAGCUGAGUGAGCGAUGCAUGGAGGGGAGGUAGGGAGGGAGUGGUGAACAGAUGCAACAUGAGUUAGCUUAGCAGAAGGAUAAAACAGAAGACACAUUCACUCCCCAUCGCCCUUUUUUUGGAUCUUGCCCUGGGCUGUGUGGCUCAACCAAGGGGUGAUUUCCCUGUAACAGCUUCCCUCUUGUCAGGGAGCCCCCGAGAGCGCAAGAGCCUGUUGCCUGGAUACCCGCCUGCUGUAGCAGCUGCAGUGAGAAAGCCAGGAUUGAACUGUCUGCUCCUGCCACCGGAAAAAAAAGCAUCCCUGGCCGACUCUUGGCUCGCUCGAUUGGCUGACUUGCUGACACGGCACAUGUGAAUAAGUAAGGAUUCCCCCUCAUAGCAGCGGCAGCCGGCGUUAAUCAUGAAGAGAAGAGUUUGGUAGGAGGGAGGGGAAUCGACAGAUUACCCCGGAUACCCAACGCAAGGGGGAAGGUCUGUCCAUGACGGGGGUUGCCAUCGGGAGCAAGGUUUGCCGUGUAUUAGCAACUAAAGCUCUGGGGGAGGACGGGUGAGGAGUGGGUGAAGCAGAAAGUGGAUGGUCGCUGUGUGGAGCCAUGCAGAUCCAGUCGUCGGGUCUACUUUGCAAAGCCUCUGCAAGCGUCCACAACCAAAGAUGUGCACUGGCAUCUAAAAUGGAAAUUCAUCGUGAACAGAGCAUCUGCCAGGCACGGGCGGCUGUUAUGGUCUACGACGACGCCAACAAGAAGUGGGUCCCAGCGGGCGGCUCCACUGGCUUCAGCAGAGUCCACAUCUACCACCACACAGGAAACAAUGCGUUCCGUGUAGUAGGGCGCAAGAUCCAAGAUCAUCAGGUGGUGAUAAAUUGUGCCAUUCCCAAGGGGCUGAAGUACAACCAGGCCACACAGACCUUCCACCAAUGGCGGGACGCGCGACAGGUUUACGGCCUGAACUUUGGCAGCAAGGAGGAUGCCAAUGUGUUUGCCAGUGCCAUGAUGCAUGCCCUGGAGGUGCUCAACUCCCAGGAAACAGGUCCCACAUUGCCCAGGCAGGCCCCCCAUGUUCAGAAUGGCCCCACUCCAGAGGAAAUGGAUCUUCAAAGGAGGCAGCUUCAGGAGCUGCAAAGGCAGAAGGAGAUGGAGCGGGAGCGACAGGAACGCGAGUGUCAAGAGCGGGAGCGCCUGGAGCGAGAGAUGCAAGAGCGCCAGGAACGUCAGGAGCGCGAACGUCAAGAGCGGGAGCUUCAAGAAAGGGAGGCGCAGGCGGAGAGGGAGCGACUGGAGCGUGAGAGGAUGGAGAGGGAGAAGGUGGAGAGAGAGCAGCGGCAGGACAAGGAGCAGCAGGAGCAGUUGGACAGAGAGCAGCAAGACUGGGAGAGAGGGAGACGUGUCUCAAACGCUGCUUUCGAAAGCACCCUGUACAGCCCCACUCCUCAGGAGUACAGCAGAGCAUCCUCCACGCCCGCAUCUCCAUCCACGCCCACUUAUCCGGCUCCCGGUGCACUUUCGUCCUCAUCCGCAACACCCCCCACGCCACCGCUGAGGCACUCGGCAUCCCGAUUCGCCACCUCACUCGGCUCUGCCUUCCACCCAGUUCUUCCGCACUACGCCACCGUCCCAAGGAGACAGCCGGCAUUUUCCCAGGCACCACCUCCUGCUCCUGCUCCAGUCCCCUGCCCCGUCACUGCACCCAAGUCUGCGGUGUGUUCAGCAUACAACUUCACUCCCUUGCCCCCAUCACCUCCGGUCAUGAUAAGCAGCCCCCCAGGGAAGGCCACAGGCCCACGGCCACUCAUCCCCAUAGCGGCCCCAUCUCCUCUCACCCAGAAGCCCCCGUCACCGUCUCCCAAUGGCCCGCCCAUGUUUCCUGCACCGUCCCCGGUCACCAUCCUGCCACACAACCACCCGGUCGGCACAGUCUGCCCCACCCCGCCACCGCCGCCCACCCCGCCACCAUUUGCUUCUUCUGUGGCACCCCAUUCUUCUUUGUGCGUCUCGUCUCCCCCCUCCUCAUCCCAUGCUCCUGGUUUGCCCUCUCCCUCCACAGUGACCGCUGCUGCUGCAGUUGCUUCCACUGAGCACCUCUCCCUCCCCGUGGGCCAGGGCCUAUCAGUGCAAGGGGAGUCAGACCCAGCAACAAGCCUAGAGACCCACCAACUGCAAGGGGGGUCCUACAAUCAGCCCCAGGACACUGUGCAGACGGUGGGGUCGAACGCACCCGCCCCUCCUCCACCCCCACCCCUGCCACCCGGCUCCACUGUGACCACUGGAGCUGCCACGCCGGCUGUAACCCCCACCACACCAUCUGGGCACCCUCCCCCACCUCCAGCUCCACCGCUGCCCCCUACGUUGACUCCAGCCGAGACCCCGACGACACCACCAGGCCCACCUCCUCCUCCUGGGGCGCCGCCCCCUCCACCGGCACCUCCCCUUCCUGCUGGUCUCUUCUCUCCUGCAGAGGAUCGCCCCCUCUCAGGCCUGGCUGCCGCCCUUGCAGGGGCAAAGCUACGCAAAGUGCCAAGGAGUGAUGAUGCAGGGGCAGCUCUGGCAGCAGCCUUGUCAGGGGCCGCUGGGACUGUGGGGGUCAAACCAGAGUCCAGGGGCAAUGGCCCUCUUUCUGGAGGAGGCGGGCUCAUGGAGGAGAUGAGUGCCCUACUGGCCAGAAGGAGAAGAAUUGCAGAGAAGGGGUCCUCACCUGAACCAGAGCUGAAAUCAGAGGAGGGCGAGAUCACCACGACCCCCAAAGUGUCCGCAUGUAGCACGCCAGACAUGCCCAGGAAGCCAUGGGAAAGAACAAACAGCACGAUGAACGGUAGCAAAUCUCCCGUUAUAGGAAGACCUAGAUCCACUCCAACGCCUGCAUCUGUAAGUGCCAAUGGUGUACCAACGGAAAGUGUUGACUACGACAGAUUGAAACAGGACAUUCUGGAUGAGAUGCGGAAGGAGCUGUCGAAGCUAAAAGCGGAGCUCAUCGAUGCCAUCAGGGAGGAACUGGGCAGGUCCAGUACAGCAUAGAAGAGGCAUCCCGGACUCCCUGUUCUCCACAUCCAAGCCCACGUGACCCGACUUUGGUCAGUCUAGGACAUGGCACGGUAGCGGUGAUGACAAUGAAGACAAAAACCACGCAUACUUGAGCGGGGGGACUUUCUGGGGCGGCGCAGCAUCGUCCCUCGAUGACGGGACUCCUCUUCCUCCUCCUUCUCCUCUUCUUCCUCCUCACUUCUCCUGCUGGGGAUGUCGCAUCCCGGAGGACUCGGCAGUCUGGAAGAAAAAGCGCAUGUCUUUUUAUGCAAAAAAAACAAAACAAUUACUCUUUUUGUCCUGAUAAAAAUACAAAAAAAAGGAACUCAUCAAAGAUACUGUAAAGAUCGUCGGUGCAGCAGUGAUUUUCUAUCAAACGGCAUGUUUUAUUAAGAGCGUUGGAUGGAAAAUGCUAUACUUCCCCCUUCCCCAUAACGCCAUAGGGGUAGCGUUACGUGCGUGGAUGCGUGCGUAUGGGGCAGUCCGCCACUCGUCUUCCUCAAAAAGAAAGAUUAUUUCGAGAAACUGUUUGAGCGUGUACAUCAGUGGUCAUAUCAAGUAGCUCCAUAGUCAUCUUCCGAUAAGGGUUCAUUUGUUUUUGGCAGCCAUGGUAGCGCUUUAGCAAAGAAGAAGUGCUAUUUUGCAAACACGUCUCAUGCAAUGUGAGCGCGGUGGAUGUCGAUGGACGUCCUUUGCGUGGAGUUCUUUGGAGUGGGGUCUCACGUCUGCCAAGAAAUUGCAUCCACUACCACGUUUAUGACAAGCAAUAAGUGUAGCAUUACUGUUUAAUCACCCCCACCCUCCCGUCCCCAAGCAUCAAAGGUGUUUCUGUAUGACCGUUCUGACAGGAAACAACUGUGCGCAAUGAUGUCACUGCCCGUUCGCAAACUAAAGAGCGUGAUUUUCAUUGAUGAACCGCAUUUUCAAGCUGGAUCUUUAUCUCCAUUAGUCCUUUUGCUUUUUAUGUUGGAUACAAAACAACUAUUCGAGGGCACGAAGUAGAACUGUGAGGGUCUCCAUGGGGAUGUCCAGGUGCCAUUCACUACAGUGCUUUUUUUCUUUUUUGCCUUAAAGCAAACAAAUAUAUAAAUAUAUAGUAGUACAAGAUUUAAAACAUGCCCAAACACCCUAUAUACUGUAUUUAUUUUUUACUACUUUUUUUUGUAAAUUUAUGUAAUGGAUGCAACACUUUAUAGUCGAGGUGUCCAAAGUGCAGCCCGGGGGCCAUUUGUGGCCCGCGACUGUUUUUUUUUUAAUGGCCCGCGGCAUAUACGUGAAGAAAAAACUUUUAAAAAAUCAGCAGAAAUGUAACAAGAAUAAAGUCAAAAUAUGAAGAGAAAAAAGUUGUAAUCUAAAGAGAAAAAGUCACAAACAAUAACGUAUGAGGAGAAGCAGCAUAAAAAAUGGAUGGGUGGAAAAAAAAUGUCAUUUUAGUAGCAAAAAGGUGAAAUAUUGAAGAAAGUGUUUGUUUUUUAAGUCAAUACUAUGAGAAACAAAACUACGAAUAAAGUUAUCAUUUUUGGAAAAUUAGGUUGCGGAAAGAGUUAUGUUAUGAGAAUAAAGUCAAAAUAUUAUGGGAGUAAAGUCAUAGUUACAAGAAGAAAGUUGAAAUGGGGGGGGGGGGGACAGCUGUAGUUUUACAAGAAUAAAGUCAAAAUAUAAGGAGAAAAAAAAGUUGCAAUUUUGCGAGAAUAAACUCUAAUAUUAAAUAUAUAUAUUUUUAGAAAUGGUCAUUUUAGUAGCACAGACUUCAAAUAUUAAAGAAAAAGUGUGUUUUUUUUUUAAGUUGUAAUAUGAGAAACAAAACAAAAUAAUGUAACGUUUGAAAAUUGGGGUUGGGGGUGGGAAAAGGUUAUAUUAUCAGAAUAAAGUCCAAAUAUUAUGAAAAUACAUUUUCUGAAGAUUAUUGAAGAAGAAAGUUGAAAUAUUCGAUUUUUUUUUUUAAAUGGGGGGAGACAUUCACACGAAUAUUCUCUUUCCCCUCAAUCACAAAGCUGAGAUGUAGUUUUUUCUUGAAAUAAAUCAAACUUCAUAGCAUAUCCAUGCUUUCAUUUUUCACUAUGCGGCCCUCGCUGGGAAAGGUUUGGACACCCCUGGUUUAAAGAAAGCUCUAGUCGUUAUUUAGGUCCGGUCAGUGCGUUUUUUUUUGUUUUUUUUUUAUUGGCCCUCGGCAUAUUGUAAACAUCCAAUGAAUUCAUUAUUAAUGAGAUAUAUUAUUAUGGGCCUGCAAAGCACAGCAGCCCAUUCUAGUCCUCAUAUUUCAUAUUUAUUAUAUAUCAACUAAUGCGGGACAAACGGUGCGAAGAAGCGCCACACACGUUAUAUCACUGGAAAGAUCUUGAUCGCAGGUAGCGUGCUAUUUAUGCUGUGCAACAUUUUGUGUAACCCCGGCAACGUAAUUAUCAGACAAAGUUGAAAACGGGCCACUUUAUUGGGUGCCCGCACCGUGCAAAGGUGUUAUAUCACUGGUUAGAGCCCUACUUGUGGUUGGUGGCAUUCUGUGUAACCAUGGCGCUGUACUUGACAAGCAAACUUGGAAACGGCCACUUUAUUUGGAACCCACCCUACAGGCCAUACUGCACAAGGUCCUCAUUCAAAAUUCCUGCUGAAAUUUUUCUAGUUAGAUAUGACAUAUUACAUUAUAUAUUAUAUAUUGUAUUAUGUAUUACACUGCGACAACCACCCGUAAUUUGCUUUAAGUCAACUGUAAGGUGUAAGGAAUACGUUCAAUAGAAUUUUUGAGGGCUUUCACUUACUCAAAUCAUACAAAGUCUUGCGAUUUUGUGUAGUCUGGCUGAAAUUGGACCCCCCCAACAAUGUGGACAUUGUGUACAAUGUUUUGGGUGCGCAAAAGUUGGCAUCAGAAAAAGACGUUCCUGCUCUGGCAUUCAUUCAAACUCCACUGCUCAGGAUUAAGGCGAAAGCAGGAAUUUGCCUUUAUGGUGCUAACCCAGUGAGAAGGAUGCGUCCUAGUGUCCGCGACACUCCGUGGAAUAUGCCACAUUUGAUGACUUCAGUUUUUUUUUAAUGUGCCGUGGGCCAAUAAAAAAAUUGGGCACCCCUGCUCGAGACUGUUCGGCAUAACCACGUCCCUUUUUUUUUUUUUUUUUUUUAAACAAAAGAUUCAUUCCUCAAAAUUAGUGAAUAAGAUCAGGGAUAUUAAUCAUUCUCAAACUGUAAAAAAAACAAAAAAAAAGCUACAUUUUUGUUAAUCUUAUCGUUUUGCCACUUUCUUGUGUCCUUUCCAGCCUGGUGAUAUUCAAUUCAAUCAAUACAAAUACACUUGAACUCGCAACUGGGUAAUGGGCCUGGGUAUUUAUCAUUUUUGGCUGUAAAAAGAUGCGUUAAGUUAUCAGAUUUGUGUAUUUACCCCGUCCUUUUAAGUAGUCAUUUCAUCCUUGGAGCCACGAUUUUAUUCAAACAUCCAACCAAGAGGCUACCUGUACUUAAGCCUGCUUUGAUUGCACUUUAGGCACACACACACACACACACACACACACACACACUUCACAGCUCAC